CGUAAACAACUGUAGCGUUCAAUUUGUAACAAAUAUGACUACUUUCCACUUUGUUUCAAUUUUCCUGUUAUUUGCGCCUCUAACAGGAUCUGCAAGUCCUAUUGGAAGUAUUACUACUGUGGGCACUAAUGGAUUUAACCUUGAUACGACGACUGCCGAACCAAAAACGCCGAGUGGGUCUUCUACGCCUGAACCUGUAACGGCCCCAUGUGGAGCGAAAACUAUUCCCUCCCAGUCUACUACUGCAGUUCCACAAGUGUCUUCGACUACAGUUACAACGAAACAAGUUAUCCCGAAUAAACUUCAUAAAGCGACAACUGCGGAAUCUAAAACAUCACCUGGAUAUCUUUCCCAUGAAACUACAACUGCCGUUCCGAUGGAAGCCCCCUGGUCUUGGCAGGAUCAGCGUUUCGAUGCUUUAAGUUUUGUCGGUGGUAUCGCUCUGGCAACUGGUGUGAUAGCAACAGGAGCAUUUUGUUGGAAACAAUAUAAUAAUUACAUAGAGAGAAUUUACCGAACGCUGUAAAGAUGUCCACAGAUACCUUGCGUAACAAUGUGCGUAAGCAUAAUGGUAAGAAUUGUCCAGAAUAUACCGAAUGGAUGAGUUGCAGAAUAUUGACAAUGAGUUAAAUGUUCUGCAAUUUCAUCGACCAGUUCUUAUCAUUAGGCUUACGUAAGAUAUAUGCGAAGGCUUUAACCAUUCCUUAGUACAAGUUCACCAUCUCAUUAGUAGCGAGUAGUGUAGUUAGUUAAACCAAUCGGUAGUUUUAAUAAUACUAUUUGUACAUGUAACUUUACUAGCGGCCUUCGGGGACGUUCCACUGAACAUGGAUAUUAAAAAUGUAUUUUUCUACUUUGUAA